CGUAGACGGCCCCGGUCUCCGUGUCACACGGGAAUACCUUCCAGGCGCAAGGUGGACGACGAGGCAGGAGGAUAGAGAGCUCAGAGCGGCAACAUGAACCGGAGCCACCGGACUGUGGGCACCAGCAGCAGGUCCCUGGGCACCGUGGAGGUGAAGAGCAAGUUUGGCGCAGAAUUCCGGCGGUUUGCCUUGGAACGGUCUAAGCCAGGAAAGUUUGAAGAGUUCUAUGGAUUACUUCAACAUGUGCAUAAAAUUCCCAAUGUGGAUGUGUUGGUGGGGUAUGCCGAUAUCCACGGAGACCUGCUGCCCAUUAACAACGAUGACAAUUACCACAAAGCGAUAACCACGGCCAACCCAUUACUGCGGAUAUUUCUACAGCGAAAAGAAGAAGCAGACUACAGUGCCUUUGGCACUGAUACUUUGACCAAAAAGAAGAAUGUACUUACAACAGUUCUUCGCCCAGACAUCAUCAAAAAGAAGCCUCAUCUUGUCAUUGGGAUGCCCAGCGACUUCAGGCCAGUUUCCUCCAUCAUUGACGUUGACAUUCUCCCUGAAACUCACCGACGAGUGCGACUCUACAAACAUGGCAUGGAGAAACCUCUGGGAUUCUACAUCCGGGAUGGCUCCAGCGUCCGCGUUACGCCGCAUGGCUUGGAGAAAGUGCCAGGCAUCUUUAUCUCCAGGCUCGUUCCCGGAGGACUCGCCCAAAGCACUGGAUUAUUAGCUGUCAACGACGAGGUUCUCGAAGUCAAUGGCAUUGAAGUUUCCGGGAAGAGCCUGGACCAGGUCACCGAUAUGAUGAUCGCUAACAGCCACAACCUCAUCAUAACCGUCAGGCCGGCCAACCAGCGGAACAACGUGGUACGUAACAGCAGGAACUCUGGCAGCUCUGGGCAGUCGACGGACAGCAGCACGAGCAUGUACAACAGCCUUCCCCAACAACAGAUCAUCCAGAACUACCAUCCCGAGGAGGCACAGAGCGACGAUGAGGACAUUAUCAUAGAGGAGGGUGGCACCUCAGUCAUCCCCAGGGCGGCACAAUCAACUGAGAGUCUGGAGUCCUUAACUCUACACAGUUCUUAUCAUGAUUCCCCACAGAACGGAUUUAUAUCCACGUAUCGCACACACUUAUCUGCCAGCUCCGGCAGCCUGGACCACAUUGGCCAUAACCACGGCACAAAGAUCUUGGAAGAAGAUGGCACCGUUAUUACACUGUGAACGCCAGAUCGGACGUGGCGAAUGGCGCUGACUCGUUGCACAUUAUUAUUAUUAUUUUAUUUUUUAGUCUUUAGCCUUUUGAUUCGUGUGACAUUCUACUUGCGAAAUCAUUUUUUUAUAUUAUUAAGAAAAUAUAUUGUAUAGUUUAUCUCAUCUGCAGUUCUUGUAUCUCUGGAGAGCUUGCAAUUCUAUUUUUGUGAAAUGAAGGAAAGGAAAAAAAAAUUUUUUUUUUUUUUAUGUUGGUUUUACAUUCCAUAGGCGAACAAAAGGCCCCUUCCCCUAUAGCACAGUCAUUAAGGAGACGAGGUGCCUGGAUCUAUAUAUACAAUAUCCUGGAUUUUGUAUUUUCAUAUCUUUGUUUCUAAUUCGAGCAAAAAAUGAAGUGUUCCGUUUGGAGAGGGCUUGGCCACCAUGAUACGUGGCGUCCGUGUACAACGAACGGACUUUUUGGUUUUCUACACUGGAAUUAUAUUCAAAACUCACCCAGUAAUGGGAAGUUGUAAUCAAGCCUGUGGACCCCCAAAGUUUUUGACCUGCAGCCAGCUGGUUGUCGCUGGUUUCUUAUCCCUGUCGGGUGCCCUCUGCCUGCAGUCUCUGGUUUUUAGCAUUUAUUGUAUUUGGCUAUGUAUACUGGAUUUGUUUGCACAUCUAGGCAGUUUGCUGUUCGGAAGCAGA